AUGAAAACCUUCGUGUUGCUUGUUGGUCUCCUGGCCAUUGCCAGCGCGGAAUGGAUCGAUAUCGAUUGGUCCAAGGUGCGUCCGAUCGAGGAGUUCGAUCACUACUGGGAGCGUCUGCCAGCUGAAAUGCAGAUCUACCGCAAGAUGCUACCCUCGCAUCGUGUCGUCAAUGGACAGGAAGCUACGCCCGGUCAGUUCCCGUACCAGAUCGCUCUGAUCAGUGAGUUCAUCAUUACGAGCGGUCUGUGCGGAGGUUCCGUGCUUACCAACAACUUCAUUCUGACUGCUGCUCACUGCGUGGUUGGAACGGCCGGUAUUUUGGCUUCGGGAGGUACUGCUAUCAUUGGCGCCCACAACCGUAACGUGGUGGAACCGACCCAGCAGCGUAUUCGAUUCUCGGGCCCCGGUGUUUUCCCCCAUCCAGCGUACAGCUCCGCUAACAUUCGUAACGACGUUGCUGUGGUGCGUCUGGAUGAACAGAUCGUGUUCAGCCCUAGCAUACAGCCGGCCCGUCUGCCCGCCCGCUCGGACACUCGUCAGUUCGGAGGUUUCCUUGGAACUGUAUCCGGCUUUGGACGUACGUCUGAUGCUAACCAGGAUACUUCAAACGUUGUGAUGUACACCACCAACCCGAUCAUGACCAAUGCCGAUUGUAUCGCCAGCUGGAACGCUGUUCUCAUCGAGCCCCAGAAUGUGUGCCUGAGCGGUGAGGGAGGUCGCUCGGCCUGCAACGGUGACUCUGGAGGCCCGCUGGCCGUCCAGGAUGGUGGAAGCCUCCAGAUUGGUAUUGUGUCGUUCGGAUCUGCUGCUGGAUGCGCGGUCGGUAUGCCCUCGGUGUACGCCCGUGUGUCGUUCUUCCUGGACUUCAUUGAGGCUAACUCUGACUUCGUCGCUGGAGCAUAA